ACUAAAAGUAACUAAGCCUACGCCCUCUUCUGGCACAGCCUGUAGGUCGGCUCGGCAACAUACUGGUCGGCUAGAUUUAGGAACUGGUUAUAAGUUCGUACAAAAUUUUGUUUAUCAGUUAUUGUGAUAUUUCAUCAAUAUUUGUAUAGUUAAGCUAGCGACUAAAAUGACAGAAUCAAAUUCUGGCGGUAAACAACUUGGAAAAAUGGCUUUUGGGAGGAAAAAGAGAUCAUCGAAACAACUAUCGCUUAUUCACCAGGAGGAAACAAUGUUUGUUGACCCUAACACUCCUGACUACACCCAUACACUAUUAAGUGAUGAAGAAGAUGGGAAAGAACAAGUUAGCCUUCUUGAACUCUCCAAUGCUUCCAGCUUAUUUAACGAGCUUAAUGAGAGUUUUUCAAGACAUUCAAAUGUGUCAUCAACACCACAAAUGGGGUUUGGAACUGAUUUGCAGAGUAGGACCGCUCAUGAAGCUCUCUUGAAACUUAACGAUCAGGAGAUCAAACUUAUGGAAACAUUUCGUCGUGUUGCACAAAAGCGUGUAUGCUGUGAUCGAGAAUAUGCAACGGCCUUAGCAGGUGUCUCAAAUCUGGCUAAUCGUUUUGAUGUGGAGAGUCAGCUUACACACAACAGUGUAUUAGUAACGGCAUGGACAACUUUCAUUAAGGAAUCAGAGAAAACACAGAAGCUAAUCCGUCAAAAUGCAGAGACCAUGAACAGUAACCUCAUAGAGAAACUCUCGGCCCUUAUACGAGAAAAAAAUGAUGCUAAACGGCAAUAUAUGCAAGAACGUCACAGAAUUGAUUCAGAGUUUGUUAAGGCAAAGGAAGAUGUGAAGGAGAACCUAGCCAAGUACCAUAGACUAGCAAGGGAAACAAAAGAUUCCAAACUAAAAUACGAAGAGGCCAUUCCGAAAGCUAAGCCCAGAGACUUGGAGAAAUCCAAGGACAAGUACCGUAAGAGUACAAACAAGUUGCACAAGAUACACAACGACUACCUUCUAUCUCUAAGAGCAGCUGAACUUCACCAAGAACACUACAGACAAACCAUAUUACCCAGACUGCUUCAGUGCCUUCAAGAGACUCAGGAAAGUCAGGUUUCGCAACUAAAACAAAUUAUGCUGCAUAUGGCACAUCUAACAAACACAAGCAGUGAGGAAUUUUCAGCAAUUAAUGAUACUGUUGUACAGAAUAUUAAUGACAUUCAACCUGAAAAUGAAUACAUUGGAUUUAUUGAAAAUUAUAAAAUAGAUCCUCCUUCCACGGAGCAGUUUGAGUUUGAUACCUCACCUAUGAAUGAAUUCGAAAACAUGCUCAAACAAGAUGAAAUAGUACUCGAUAACCUAACCUGUGAAGCCAUAGAACACACACAUUCUCAAAUUGGUGAAGAAUUAAAUGACUUACGGGAGAGUUUAUCAGAGAAGGAAAACGAACUGAAGAACUUAGAAGAAGAAAUCAAAUCUAUACAUCCCACAGAUGCACAGGAGAGCAUGAUUCAGGAUUUACUGUUGAAACAGAAGGCAUACAGAACAGUGCUAAAAUUGAUUGGUGAGAAGCGUUGCUUAGAGGCCAAGCUGAGUGCUCAGUAUAUGAUAUUAGAUGAUUCUAUCAAAGCACUAGGAGAUGAAAUCCCUUCCCCUGGUAUAGAAUUCAAUGAUGAAAACAGAGGAACAACCAUUAAACCAAAUGCUCAAAACGAUUCCAGUAGUGGCAAGAAGUUAUUCUCAAUUAUGAGACCCAAAAAUAAGAAAUUUAAUGGAGAAUCAGCAGUAGCAGAAAAAGCAGUUGUACAUAGUAGGGAGAAGCCAAUCGACGAACAAGUGUGGUACCAUGGCGCCAUUCCACGUAGAGAUGCAGAAGUACUACUCGUCAAUGAUGGUAAUUUCCUAGUACGAGAAAAGAGUGAUGCAUCUGGCCAGUACGUUCUCUCUGCCCGUGCUAACAACAGAGUACGACAUUUUCCAAUUCAAGUUACAGCAGAGAAGCUAUAUCGUUUGGAGGGAGAAGCUUACAAGAGUGUGCCUUAUUUAAUCUACAGCCAAUUGGAAUCUGGUAACCCUGUAACUAAAGCAUCACAAGCAGUUUUGAAGAAUGGGGUCAUGCGGGUCAGGGAUGAACAUGACCUACGACAUGAGGACAUUGAACUGGGAGAUAAAUUAGGAGCAGGUCAUUUUGGGGAUGUUGUUCGUGGUGUCUUGAAGAAAAAUGGAUUUCCUGUUGCUGUCAAAACAUGUAAAGAGACGGUUGAUGCAGAUUCACGACGGAAGUUCCUGAUGGAAGCCAAAAUCCUGAAGCAAUAUGAUCACCAGAACAUUGUAAAACUAAUUGGUGUGUGUACUGACCGACAUCCAAUCUACAUAGUCAUGGAGCUUGUUUCAGGUGGUGAUUUACUGUCAUAUCUACGGUCUGAUAAGAAUGACUUGAACCAGAAGGUGAUGCUACGAAUGGGUGAGAAUGCUGCAGCAGGAAUGGCCUAUUUAGAGCAGAAGAAUUGUAUUCACAGAGACUUAGCAGCAAGAAAUUGUCUAGUCCACAUCAAAGAAUGUGACAAUAGCGUAAUAACUAAGAUAAGUGAUUUUGGAAUGUCGAGAGAAGUGGAUGAUGACAAUAUUUACACGAUGGGUGACACAAGGCAGGUCCCAAUAAAAUGGACUGCUCCCGAAGCCCUCAACUAUGGAACCUACACAUCGGCCUGUGAUGUAUGGAGCUAUGGUAUUUUACUGUGGGAGAUAUUUUCACGUGGUAGCACACCCUAUCCUGGAUUUCCUAACAAUGUUGCCCGAGAGAAAGUUGAACAGGGUUACCGCAUGUCAGCUCCGCACGGUACCCCUGAUGAAGUUUACCACAUAAUGAUGUCGUGCUGGGAGUAUGAACCAGAAAAAAGACCACAAUUUAAGGAAGUUCAUGUGACAUUAAAACGCAUUUGUAAGUUCUUAAAAGCGUAAAAUUCACUCCAUCAUCAAUUAUUGUCAAAUAUAAUCAGUCUGUGCUGAUUAACAUCUGAGAAACGCUGCAAAGAUUUUGAGGUUACUGGUCGUUUGUUAAAGUUGUAGGCAAAUGGAUUUAUACCACAUGGACUUUGGUUGCCAUUGAGAUGUCAAAUUCAUCUUGAUAUCAGAUUCUUAGAGGUUGAAGAAGCAGAUACGACAGAAUGCAUUGGAAUACAUUAGUAGUGCUUAAAAGCAUUGUUAUCUUUAUAAUAAUGCUGAAUAUUGGUAUAGAGCCAAAUUCAACAAAGUGCUCAAGCUGCUCUCUAAGAGAAAAGAUUAGCACAACAAGGACUUGAUUGAGCAACAAUCGUAAAAUAUAAGACAAGGUAAAUAUGAAAUGCUUACCCAACAGCAGUGCUGUGUUGUUUGUGAUUAAGUACUCGUUGGUGUUGAAGAAAGUAAAGAUAUUUUAAAGUGUCUGCGGUGCAGGCAAGAUUAGGAUAUAUAUGGACAUUCAGAGUAAGAUGUAUAGCUUAAUU